AUGGCUAACCAUGGUAGAAGAAACCAACCCGAGGGUCAUCCCGACUUCCCGUGGUACACGUUUUCGAGGGUAGUGAGUCCAAAAGUUCUUGCUCAAUGGAAUGGGAAGCUUUCUUGGAUGAAAGAACGCAAGGUGCAUGUCCCAGCUGAAGUCAACUGGUUCGUAUGCAUGGCAUGGAGGAGAUUCUUUCACAUUCAAGACGUGGUCUACAAGGAGUUGGUGGUUGAGUUCUUGGCGACAGUUACAUUCCGGAGACAAAUUGGUAUCCAUGAACCAAAGAACAUCACAUUUUGUUUAGGGAGAGAGGUGCAAGCUGAGCUUAACCGAGUUUGA